AUGAAGUACAUCAUCGGCAUCCGCGGCGUAACCAAUGGAAGGAAAACCACCCUUACCAACUGCUGUGUGGUCCAUCAGGAUGACUUCUUCAAGCCCCAAGAUCAGAUUGAAGUUGGUGAAGAUGGUUUUAAGUGGUACGAUUUCAUCACUGCUCUGGACAUGGACGCCAUGAUGAGUAUGAUCUAUGCCUGGCUGGAGAACCCGGUGAAGUUUGAGAAGUCUCAUGGCGUUAAUCACACCCUGGACGCAGAGAUCGUCCUGAAGUCCAACCAUAAGGAGGAGGAGGAGACUCACAUCCUCAUUGUGGAGGGCUUCCUGCUUUACACCUACAGGCCUUUGAUCGACGUGCUAAACCAACGUUACUUUAUUUCCAUCACAUAUGAAGAAUGCAAAAAGAGGAGGCGCUCUAGGAAGUAGACAGUGCCAGAUCCCCCCGGCCUGUUCGACGGCCACAUCUGGCCCAUGGAC